UUGAUUAAUGACCCUAGGACCGCUGUCCCCGGCGAGAGCCCCUUUCGGUGGGCGCGGACCUGCGCGCGACCUGCCGUCGUGGCUCCAAGCCUAUGCCAAAGCAGGAAGGCACCCGCAUAAAAGGCGCAGCCAGCGGCGGCUGAAAGCGGCCGUCCACUCGGACUGUGGCUGGAUGAGGAUGGAGUGCCCGGUGCGGUCCUGACCAGGCAGACCCGGCCCGACGGUUUGUACAGGGGAACUCAGCUCCGCGCGUCCGCUCCAGAGAAAGCGCGCGCCGGCCUGGAAGGGGCCAUGGAGCGCGGCCGCCCCGCGGGCAGCUCCCUGAGCGCCGACGCCCAACCCGUGCCUCCGGCCGCCGACCCCGGGGAGCCGAGCCCGGGGCGGGCUGGACUGGGGUCCACCGGUCCCGGGGGCGGCGUGCGCUCGGGGGGCGGCCGGCCGGCGGCGGCCAACGCGGCGCGGGAGCGCAGCCGGGUGCAGACCCUGCGGCACGCCUUCCUGGAGCUGCAGCGCACACUGCCGUCGGUGCCGCCCGACACCAAGCUGUCCAAGCUGGACGUGCUGCUGCUGGCCACCACCUACAUUGCGCACCUCACCCGCAGCCUGCAGGACGACGCUGACUCGCCGGCCGACCCCGGGCUGGGCGCCUUGCGUGGCGAUGGUUACUUGCACCCGGUCAAGAAAUGGCCCAUGCGAUCAAGAUUAUACAUUGGUGCUACUGGUCAAUUCCUGAAGAAUUCUGUCCCUGGAGAAAAGGCGAGCCACACUGACUCUCCAACCGACUCGCAGCCUUAGCAUCAGCCGUGGGGAGGCACGGGGCGGGGCUGGUGGAAGAGCACGUGUCCUUAAAUGUUAUGAAAUAACUCUAUAUUUAUUAUAUCAUCCAUAACAAGCACCAUAUCUGAAAGUUUAAAUCUGAACCUGCAUUUUAAACACGCACAGUGUAUUUAUUCAUUGUGAGAGUCAUUGCUGUAUUGUGCAAGAGAAAUUAUUAGGAACAAAGAUGUAAAAGUAAACAAUUGUAUAUAUAUAUAUGUGUGUGUGUUAUAUGUCCUAAGAGUACACAUUUUUGGCAGUGUAUUUAUUAAAAACAAAAGCUUGCAUCUACCAAUACAUCGAUCUUCCUAUUUCAAAAAAAAAAUCUGUGUCUGAGGUUUACCAGUUCCAUUUUUGUGAUAAGCAGUUGUAUUUACAGUUUGCCUGUGAAGCCAUUUCAUUUAGAAGUUAUGAGGACAUUUAUUUAGCUAAGUAAAAUAUUUGUCAAAAGAUUAAAGUAAUAUAGAAAUGUGGUAACUUCCAUCACUGCUUCUUUUUCCCUCUUAAAAAAACUUUCUUGGAGUAUCAGAAAUGAUGUGCUUCAUACAUGAGCACAUGGCCACCUCCCUAGAGGUUUAUUCAAGUGGUGGAAGACACCAGGGAGGUCUGCACACAAGGGUGUCACAGGACGGCAGGAGCGUCAGUCUCCUCCUUGGUCCCUCCAUCUGU